AUGAAUUAUGGAAGCAAUGAGAGCUCAGUGACAGAAUUUAUCCUCUUGGGAGUUUCCAUUUUUGGAAAGACACGAACCUUCCUUUUCUUGAUUUUCUCCUUAACAUAUUGUACCAUCUUAAUCUUCAACAUCACUGUUAUGUCAGUGAUACUGCUUGACCAAACUCUGCACAGUCCUAUGUAUUUUCUGCUGCUGGCCCUCUCCAUCUCUGAAACCUGCACCACCUUUGUCACCAUUCCCAAGCUCUUGGUGACUCUGUUGACUGCCAAUCCUUCCAUUUCCUUUGCUGGAUGUGCUGUUCAGAUGUUUUCCUACUUCAGCUUGGGAGCAAACAACUGUUUCCUGCUAGUCACUAUGGCUUAUGAUCGAUAUGCAGCAAUCUGCCAUCCACUUCAGUAUCAGGUGCUGAUGGACAAGAGGGUUUGUGCCAAAGUGAUAUCGGCAUCAUGUGUAGCAGGGUGUCUCAUAGCACUGAGUUUGGAUUUUCUUAUUUUUAAGUUGCCCUUUUGUGGGCCAAAUGGAAUCAGACAUUUCUUCUGUGAUCUCUCACCUGUGCUCCAACUGGCUUGCACUGACAUCCACCUGACUAAUACUGGUGUGGUUCUUGUCUGUGCGAUUGUUUUGUUGGGCACAGUCAUAUCAAUCUUUGUCUCAUAUAUCUACAUCCUCCUGGCCAUCCUAAGGAUUGACUCUAGCCUGGGAAGGCAAAAGGCCUUCUCAACCUGUGUCUCCCAUGCCAGUGUGGUAAUAACACAUUUUGGCUGUGCUUCCUUUGUGUAUUUGAGGCCUAAGUCUGCCUCUUCCCUAGAUCUGGACACAUUAAUCUCAUUGGUUUAUGUCUUUCUAACCCCUCUACUCAACCCUGUUAUUUACACUUUAAGAAACAAGGAAGUUAAGUUAGCCAUUGAAAAAUUGCUAAGAAAUUCAUUUUGUUCUCAGAAAUGCUGA